CCAAUAUAAAGCGUCCUCGCCUCACCCUCGCUCACUCUCGCGCGCAACGGCCACUGCCCCUUACCGCACACCUCAGUCGUUAUCAAUUCUUGCUGUCGCUACAUACAACCACAUUUCCAUUUUCCAUUUACCACACUUCGCUCAACAUGCGUUACGCCGGUCUUGCCGUCGCGCCAUUCGUGGUCGCUGCCUUCGCGCAAUCCGAGUCCUCGUCGACUGCCUCGCCCACCGUAUCGACAUACACUUACAGCAACACCAUGACCAACUUCCUCUCCCUCACCAACUCUGACGGCGUUGUCACUGGCAUGCCAACCCUCAGCCAUGGCCCACAACCUGCCGCCGAGACCUCUCAGCCAGCCGUCGCUAUCGUGCCAGCCGGCCUUUCUCCAGGCAUCACCACUUUGGGAAUCAACAUCGGAAACUCCACUUCGCGCAGCUCUUUCGUGGUCUCCAUUGGCUCGAGCACAACCGUCAUCAUCGGUGGAGCUCCAACUGGCCUGUCCAUCACCACCGGCUCUAGCGCAGCUAUCGUAACCGGCACUGCUUCUGGUUCAAGCUCGAAGAACACUGCCUCGGGCACCUCCACCAAAUCUGCUUCCGCCGCGACCUCCUCCGCCGCCGCGAACUCCAACCUCAAGAUUGCCUCUGGUGCCGUUUUCGGUCUCGGUGCUCUUUUCGUUGGCCUUUUGUAGAGAUGGGAAAAGUACAAGAGGGAUGACCCAGCCUCAGCUUUGAGGCAUUCGAGCUCAGGCGCAAUGCUGCUGUCGAGCGGUCAUGAAGAGUCGAAAUUUGGAAGCUUUCUAGUUUGAUCAUAUUUCGAGGCGCAUGGACAGCGGAAUCGGUUUAUCACGAUACUAUACCCCCAGCAACAUGAUUGAGCAUGAUUGUACAUGCACUAAUUUAUCUAUACGAAGAUAGGCAUGAAAUGAAAGCACAACAGUCUACACACGAG